GGAUUAUUUUUAAACAAAUUCGAAUCAAAUUUAUAUCUUCGGAUCAGAUCGAAUUUAAAUCGAACUCGAGUUGGAUUACCAUCCCUACCCAAACCUGGCCUGAAAAACACUCUAAAGCCCGCCACUAUUUUUGCGAAUUUGGGGAUCACAUUUUAUGUUAAAGCCCGACCCAAUCCGAAUUCUUGAUCACCUCCUCUCCCUACCCGGACCCCACCCCACGACAGCUCCAAUUCCCCGACCCCAAACUUAACCUCCGACACCCCCUCACCUCCUUUUUUCCCUAACACAAGCCGCCGGUGAUACCGCGCAGAAGCAGAAUCCGGCGUCAAGUAUAACCAGACACAUUAAUCCUGCGGCAAGGUGUUGAGAUAUGGAUAAUAAUGAUAUAAUGGCGUCGGUUCGUUCUGUGGUGUUCAAGGAAUCAGAAACCCUUGAAGGGAAAUGUAUUAAGAUUGAGGGUUAUGAUUUUAAUCAAGGAGUGAACUAUCCCAAGCUUUUGAAAUCGUUCGUCUCAACCGGUUUCCAAGCAUCUAAUCUCGGUGAUGCUAUCGAUGUUGUAAAUCAAAUGCUAGAUUGGCGGCUGGCAAAUGAGAUACCCGAUGAAGAUUGCAGCAAGGAAGAGAGGGAUCCUGUUUACAGGGAAUCCGUGGGGUGCAAAGUGUUUUUAGGUUUUACCUCGAAUCUUAUAUCUUCUGGUGUUCGUGACACUUUUCGAUAUCUUACUCAGCAUGAUAUGGUUGAUGUCGUUGUAACAACUACCGGUGGUAUAGAGGAGGAUCUUGUUAAAUGUCUUGCACCUACAUUCAAGGGUGAAUUUUCUUUACCUGGAGCUCAGUUACGCUCAAAAGGAUUGAAUCGCAUUGGUAAUUUAUUGGUUCCAAAUGACAACUACUGCAAAUUUGAGGAUUGGAUUGUUCCAAUUUUUGAUAAAAUGCUAGAAGAGCAGAUUAAAAAGAAGAUAACAUGGACGCCAUCUAAGGUGAUUGCUUGUUUGGGUAAAGAAAUAAAUGAUGAGAGCUCAUACCUUUAUUGGGCAUACAAGAAUAAUAUUCCAGUAUACUGCCCAGGUUUGACAGACGGCUCGCUGGGAGACAUGUUGUAUUUUCAUUCAAUUCGGAAUCCAGGUUUAAUUAUCGACAUAGUUCAAGAUAUAAGAGCCAUGAAUGGUGAGGCUGUUCAUGCGAGCCCCAGGAAGACUGGAAUGAUAAUUCUUGGUGGAGGGUUGCCUAAACAUCACAUUUGCAAUGCAAAUAUGAUGCGAAAUGGGGCAGAUUAUGCAGUUUUCAUUAACACUGCCCAGGAGUAUGACGGCAGUGAUUCUGGUGCUCGUCCUGAUGAGGCCAUCUCCUGGGGAAAAAUCCGAGGUUCUGCUAAAACCGUGAAGGUGCAUUGUGAUGCCACUAUUGCUUUCCCAUUAUUAGUCGCGGAGACCUUUGCGGCUAAAAAAGAGUGUGAGAGAGGCUAGCUCAAAUGCUGACAGAGGUAGAUUUUGAUAUUCACUUUCUACAUUUCUGCGAGGGUGAUUAAACUUGAUACCUACAAUAAUACUGCAAAAACAAUCAAUUAUGCUAGUGCUUCUGCUGUUUCACUUAUCCUUCGUCUUUGCGCCCGCCAAUCUGGUUGACAGAUAUAUAAGCAAAAUUGUUGAACUCUGGUCUCUCGACGUCUGUUGCCUAGCUGGUAAAGCAUCAUUGUUGAGCUACUCUUACACAUCAUUCUGCAGAGAUUUAAUAUCUCCAAAUUUUGUUCCUUUAGGAAACCUUAUUUGCUCCGUGAUUAAACCCCGUGUUGUGAAAGACAAGUACUAUAAAUCAAAUACUUUGCAUUAAA